AUGGCUUCCAUCCGUGCGUUCGCUGUUUUCUGUGAUGAGCCUGAGUCUCUCUCCGCCGAUGUGGAGGGCAACUCCCCACCAACCACCACGAUCUCCAUCCCACCUCCCUCUGGUCCUCUUCUCGUCUACCAACCCGACAAGGAGAACAUGGAUCCCAGCACGGGCUCUCGCGUCCUUCCGGAUCACGAUUCCUGCAAGAAAAGGAAAACCGCUCUUUCUGUGAAGACUCAACCCGUCUCCCCCAGCAAGAAGCCACGUCCGCUAGCCGAGAAGCCUCUCAAGAAGGCGGCUUCCAAAAUUCGCUCCGCGGAGAAGAAGCCCAAGCGGUCUUCAUCCACUACCAAGCGCAACGCCCAUCCCGUCGACCAGGUGGUCAUCGAUGCUAAGUGCAAAGAGUUGACGGUUCUUCCUCUGGCGGACAUUUCCGAAGCAUACGAGCAGGUCGCUUCCCAGGAGGAUGCAGUUGGAGAUGCGGAAAAGGCCGCUGAAAAGGCUGUUACUGCUGUCCUCCCUGACAAGACGGAGAGAGCUUCCACUCCGCCUCCAUCUUCCCAGGCCGAUGCCACCCCAUCUCCAGUGAAUGACACCCGCGUUCUGGGCUCCUUCUCGACUCCCGAGCGCAAACGCAUCUACUCCGCAUUCACAUUCUCUUCCCCAUCUGCGGCCAGCGAACGCUAUGCUACCUCCCGCGCUUCCACCGUUGAGCGCUUCUCGGAUGUGGCUCUUUGA